UUCGAUGUAUGACCGUUUCAUGACUGAGCAUCCCCGGUGCUGAUCCUAUUCAGAGCACAAUGGAAAGUGGAGAAAAAGAAGCCAAUAGUGAUACACGCACUGAGUCAGCAUCAUCUGGAACUGGAAGCUUACAGUAUCCAGAGUCUAUGUCUCCUGGGGAAUCUUCUGCCUCAGUUGAUAUCGGAGCUGCAAAGACCCCGGGAAUGAGCACCAAAAAAAGCAAACGGGGAAGAAGGUCACUUCAACCAGCCACGGCACCUCCUGACCAGCUGUUGUUAACUGCAGGAGAGCAGGCUAAGAUGUACAUGAAAAAUCUUCAGGUUGAUUUGGCUGUGCGUGAGUUUGUUCGCUGUGUUGCGCUGGCACGCCUUGCUUACGGAGACUCACACUGGAGGCUGGCUGCAGCUCAUGGGGAGCUGGGCUCUGCGUAUUUAAAACUGAAAGAAUAUGCUGAUCAGGCAGAGCAGCAUAGCUUGAUUGCUCGUGAAAUACUGCUGAACAGCCGAGCCAUGCAGCAGUGUACGGAACAAGACAAGUGUGAGGUCAUCGCUGCGCUCAUCAAUGUUUACCUCACGCUUGGAGUUGCACAGGUUGCUCUCACUAGGUUGAGUGAAGCGGAGCCAAAUCUGCUGAAUGCUGAGAAACUAGCCACUGAUAUUGCCAAACUGCCAGAUGUGAAUGGAGAGCAGGCGGACACCUUUGCUGCUGACACAGCGUGUGCCCUAGCCAGGUUACAUGUGCGGCAAGCCAAGUAUGAACAUGCCACAAGAUACUUCAUCGAAGCAAUGGAAAUCAUGAAAGAGCACACGGAGGGGUCGGGGAAGGAUAAUGAAGAAUGGAAGAAAAAGUUGGUUAACCUACAUGUAGAAUUGGCGCAGUGUCAGCUGAAUAAAAGCACAGCCGCAGACUGUGAUCGUGCGGUGAAGAACCUCUACAAAGCGCAUGAGCUUGCACUUUCCCUCUAUGGCGAUAACGCCAUUGAAGUUGCAGAAGUCGCCCACCAGAUGGCAUUGGCAUACACCCGAACAAUUGGAUAUGAUGCCGAAGUAUUGGCAGAACAGUGGUACGGAGAGGCCCUUGCUAUCUAUGAGACAGAGAUGGGUGGAGGUAGUGAGAAGUCCCUGCUUAUUCAGGACAGUCUAGUGAAGUUAUACGUGCGCACCAACAGGCAUGAGGAAGCACAAGGUUUGCUGAAGAGAACUCUUGCAGCUAAGAAGGCAGUGUUUGGCGAUUACAGUGAGACUGUUGCUGAAGCAUAUAAGUUAAUGGGAUCCAUCUUCCUCGCACAGGGACAACUCAGGAAUGCAUUAACCCUCCUCCAAAAGUGUUUACAGAUAGAGAAGCUAGUGUUUGGAAAUAACCAUCGAAAAGUUAUAUCUACGCAUAAUACUAUCCAACUUAUUGAAAAAAGUCCUGCAACUGCUGCCAAGCGACCAGUAAAAAGAUGACCAAUUUGGUGUUUGUGUGCAGAGAUGGAUUUUGUUGGCUUGUGUAAAUAUAUGUAUAUAGCAGUUCCUGUUAUUUAUUUUAAAUGGAACAAUAGUACAAGAAAGUAUUUCAUUAUAAAUGCAUACUGCUCAAAAACCCGAAAUGUAUUCUUGUAAACUGAUUGUUCAAGUUUCCAUAAACACAACCAGUGUACUGUUACAGUUGUAUACAGGACUAGCCAUAAUCAGUCACAGUUCCAUUUCAUGCUUAAGAAAUACUCAAGCAUCAUAAAUGUACUUAUGACAUCUGUAGCAUAAACAGAAUAUAUAAUUUGCUAUAGGAUUUUCUGGAUUGGAUCACAGGCAACCAGUGAAAGGUACCAUAAUUUGCCUUUUCUAACGCAAGUAUUUCGACCAACACAAUAGUCACAAUAUGCACGUGACAUGGUGCUUCACACGCACGCAGAUUUGUUCAUAAACAAAUAAGAUGUGUGACCUUCAUGCGUCUCUGCAAAUAAUUAAA